CACAACCAAAAAAUAGAAAAGUGAUGCAGGGAACUCUAGGCUUGCUGGCUUGAAUGCAAUAGUACAUGGUGUCUCGUGACGUAUUUUGUAGGAAAGAAUAAUUAGACAUGGAAAUAAUGAGGAAGAAGAAGAAAUUGCAGUGAGAUUUUAUCAAAGACGGAUUGUGGGAGACUAAUCUAACAUGUUUUUUAUAUAACAGAUUUCUUAGGUGGGGUAAUGCAGGAAUGUGAUUUAUGUAGGGCCAAGCACUUGAUACCGUGCCUCACGGGACAUGGUUGCUUAAAAUGAAGGUGGCUCAAUGCAAGAGCUGAAUGGUGGAGCUGGAGCUGGCCAAGCAGAAGGAUUAAUUUUUCUCCAUCUCUAUUUACAUGGUGAUAAGAAGUGCUAAUCCCACUCCGUCAGUCUGGACUGAUGAAUCUGAGGAGUAGAACAGAGCCCUGCGCUGUGUAGACGAACUGAUGGAUGAAGAUGAGAAGGACAGGGCAAAGAGGGCAUCACGCAACAAGUCUGAAAAGAAGAGGAGAGACCAGUUCAAUGUCCUCAUUAAAGAGCUCUGCACGAUGCUGCAGGGCCACGGCCACCCCCUCAAGAUGGACAAAUCCACCAUACUGCAGAGGACCAUCGACUUCUUACAGAAACAGAAAGAAAUCACAGCACAGACAGAAGCCUGUGAGAUUAGACAAGACUGGAAGCCUUCAUUUCUUAGCAACGAGGAGUUCACCCAGUUGAUGUUAGAGGCGUUAGAUGGCUUUCUCAUUGCUCUUACCACUGAUGGGAUUAUUAUUUAUGUAUCCGAUAGUGUCUCAUCUCUGCUCGGACACUUACCGUCAGAUUUGGUGGACCAAAAUAUAUUAAACUUUCUGCCUGAGCGGGAGCAGAGCGAGGUGUACAAGCUCCUUUCUCCACAUGUGCUCAUGACGGACCCCGUUGCAGCUGAUUUUCUGAACGUGGAAAAGCAAAUAGAGUUUUGCUGCCAUUUAGCGAGAGGCAGCUUAGAUCCAAAUGAACCUCUGACAUAUGAAUAUGUGAAAUUUGUAGUGGAUUUUAAAUACUUUACUCACGUGCCUACACCCUCCUGCAAUGGCUUUGAGUCAGCUAUUGCACGAGCUUUCAGGUCAGCCACAGAGGAGCAGAUUUGCCUCGUAGCAACGGUUCGUCUCGUCACACCACAGUUCUUAAAGGAGCUCUGCAGCGUUGAAGAGCCAUGUGAAGAAUUUACAUCGAGGCAUAGUUUGGAGUGGAAGUUUUUAUUCUUGGACCACAGGGCUCCGCCUAUUAUAGGAUACUUACCCUUUGAGGUGCUGGGAACAUCAGGCUAUGACUACUACCACGCAGAUGACCUGGAGCUUCUCGCUAGGUGCCAUGAACACUUGAUGCAAUUUGGAAAAGGCAAGUCGUGUUACUACCGGUUCCUGACCAAGGGCCAGCAGUGGAUCUGGCUGCAGACACACUACUACAUCACCUACCACCAAUGGAAUUCCAAGCCCGAGUUCAUUGUGUGCACUCACCUGGUAGUUAGUUACGCAGAAGUCCGAGCUGAAAGAAGGCGAGAUCUUGGCCUUGAAGAGUCAUCCAUUGAACUGGCAUCCUCUUCUGUAAAGAGCCAUGGCAGCUACCUGGAGGUGGGCCGCUGCGGCAGCAGCCAGGAUGCCAGCCGGGAGGGCAUGUCGCUGUCGUCCCACAGCUCCCGCCGCUCCUCGCACACCGCGCUCUCCGACUCCGCCUCCACCUCGUCCAUCCGACACACCGACACCAGCACUCCCACCCGGCCGGCGGUGCCGGAGAAGGCGUCCCUGCGGCUGGCGGCGGCUGGAAGCGCUCAGGCCAUAGCAACGCCUCCAGCCGCGGGCGAACACCUCCCUCAGCAGCCGGCGGUCCCCUCCCAGCAGGCUGUGAUGUGGGACCGGCCCGAGUCGUGCCCGCUCUCUGCCCCGCAGCCCGUGUACCACUUCCCAGCCCCGCUGGGCAUGAUGCACCAGCUGAAGGAGCAGCUGGAGGAGAGGACGCGCAUUCUGCAAGCGGACAUCAAGACGCAGCAGGAAGAGCUGCACGUCAUCAAGGAGCAGCUCCAGCUGGUGCAGGACUCCAACCUGCAGAUGCUGAUGCAGCAGCCGAUCCCCCUGGUCUUCAACAACGCGCAGCGCCAGAGCCCUCGGAGGGCCCCGCCGCCGUCCCGGCAACCCGGCACCAAGAAGGCCGCGCAGCCGGGCCCCAUGGCCAAGCACUACGGGCCACACCCCGUGCCCACCCCGCGCCCGUUCCUCAGGGAGCCCAGCAGCACUCCCUCCCAGGUACCACAGCAGCAGCAGCACCUAAUGCGAGGAAAUCAAGCCCAGCCAACGUGUCUGCCAGGGCAGACGAGCAUUUCAGUGCCCCUCUACAACAACCCCACGGUGUUUUCACAAGCACAUCCCAUUGCAGUGGCUGCACAGCUGCCGACCGAUGUUAGUGAAAGACAGACACAGUCUGACUACAGCCAGGACAGGAGCCUCAGGAUGCUGCUGGACCAGUCCAUCCAGGCCAUGGUGCCCGCCGCCAAUGGCAGCGCUCCGUCCGCACCGAGCAGCACCAGCAGGCAGCCUGGGAACAGAUUCGUGGCAGAGCAGCAGCCUUUGCCUCCCCCCGCGCAGAUGCAGCCCAUCAGUGGCAGCACGGUGCGGCCCCCCGCCCCCUCGCCCGUGUUCUCCCCAUCUGUGAUGCUCCCCCACAGCAGCUUCGUGUCCCACCCUGGCAGCUCCCCGCUGCACCUCCACCCCUGGCCGCAGCAGCAGGUCCAGCAGCACCGUCUCUACCUUCAGAUGCAAGGAGCCGAGGUGGUGCCGGGAGUCCCCAGCCCACGCGUGUUCCAGCCGCCCCACGUCCCGCAGCAGAGCCCCCUGAGCUACUUCCUGCACCCGCAGCCGCAGGGCCGCCAUGCGCAGGGCCAGCCCUGCAACCUGCCCGACCUGCCCGAGAUGCAGCUGCCCUGACCAACAGCCGCUCAGAUCAGCGAGACCCCACCGGGGGACACCUCACCGAGUGGCAUUGCCAUGGGCCCAGCUGGAAUCUCCUGAUGGCACCACUGCCACCACCCAAGAGAGCCCGUGAGCUGCGAGCCCCAGCCAGGCCUGCCCCGAGGGAGCGCACCGUCAAGCCGAGGAGCAGGAGGAUGCUCACCUAGGGCUCCUGCCCGCCCGCCAAACCUGCAGACUUGGUGAGAAAGGUGUGCUUGGGGCCGGUCGCCGAGCCGUGCCUGCCCGUGUCAGUGCUGGCUGCAGAUCUUUGGCCUGAAGGGGACAGCAGCCCGGCUGCAAGCAGGUUGGCUGAGGUCCCCGUGGGGAUGGCGGCACUGCAGACAAGCCCUGUCCCAUCAGGGCCUCGGUGCUGGCAGUCACUGUGACGCUGAUCCCAGCGCCCGCAGCACGCCGCGGGGUUCCCGUGUACAUAGCUCGUCUCGCUCCCGUAGGUCCGUCGUGGAGUUUUUCCUUAUUUCUAUACCUCAGCCCCACCGUUUUGUUUUCCAGGAGAUUGGAUAAUGCUGCUAAUUUACGUAACACCACUUUUGCCUGAAUUUCUUACUGUUGUUAAACCAGCUCACAUCACAACCAAUAAGAUACUCCUCAUCUUUUAUUUUGGUUAACAAGUGCAGAGAAAUUUAUAUGGUUUUUACUCCCUGUAGCCAAAUAUUUUCCAGGUUGUGUACAAAGAAUCUUUGCUCUUUCUCCUCUGUUGUUUUGCUCCGUUCCAGGUGGAUGUUGUUGUGUAUGUUUCUUUACGUGAAAACAAACACACACAGUAGAACACCAUGCGAUGGCAAACUUUGUGGUUUUGCUCGGUCAGAGUUCAGUCUGACGACCCUGAAACAUACUCACAAUGACACAGGCGAUGUUACAAGCCCGUAGGGUCAGCAAUAAAUUGUAUUUUUGUAAAUUGCCACUUUUUAACGAUAUGUUCAUAUUUAAGAAUCGAAAACUAGUCUAUUGCUCAGUGGGUGUAUAGUUGUGUCCCAACUGUUUGUGUCUUUCCAAAGGAAAAAUGUACAUUUCUGAGGCGCUGGGGGCUGAGGAGUAACCGAGGGCACUGCUGGAGCCCAAAUGCGGAUGACGGCGUUGGCCAUUGCUUUCAGCUUUGCAGGAAGGUGGGGAGGAAAACGCACGCGUGCAGAGGCACACGCACCAAGGAUACACUAUUGUACACUGUUGUCACUGGUGGGGGGAGAAGGCUGCAGCACGGUGGCUGUCCUGCACGUCCCCCCCCCACGUGCCAGCCCCGGCGUGGCAGCGUGGCUGUGCUCUUGUGAGCAGGGCUUGCCACGGAGGGGGUUUGCUGCCCUGCAAGGAGAGGGGCUGGGGGCGGUGGGUGCGCCGGAUGGGGCUGUGCCCCUCCACAGCCCUGCUGAUGGUGGCACUGGGCUGCAUGGGGACGGGGAGGGCCGCGGGGUGGCACGGCUGUCUGUCGCUCGCAGCCUCUCCGCAGGGAGCGGGGGAGGUUUGCAGGGAUGUUUACAUGUGAGAUUGGCCUUGCUAAAACAAGCAACCUAAAACAUGCACUUUAUCAUGCCCCCCCCCCCCCUUUAUUUCCAGCACCCACCCCAGCCGCUAGCGCAGCCGCUCACGGGCGGAGCCGUGUGUGCCAGGGAGCAAAGUCCCAGAGCCCCACGCAGGGCUGGCUCGGCCCUGCUCAGCCUGCCUCCGGCAGGGCACGACAGGCUCAGGGCCACGGGAUUUUUGCCUUAAUUAUCACUCACGCUCAAAACAUUAACGACUAAAUGAAUCUCUUUAUUCAGGUGAAUUCCUAUUCGUUUACCUCGGUGUUAGCUAGGACCUGUGUUUUUGGGAUCCCUUUGGAGUUGAGGGUUGCUGGUGGGCUCGGUUCCCCCCUGGGUGCUGAUGAGAGAACAGAAGUGUGAGCGGGGCUGCCUGCGCCAGGGGUUGGGCUCCAGCAUCAGCGACAGCCUGAGGCUUUCUAGCACACAAGCAUCUCUAUGCUAGCUCUAUCUCCCUUCAUAUAUAGAUAUACAGGUGUGUGUGUUUUUAAUAUACAUAUAUAUGUAUGUAUAUGUGUAUCUAUAUCUACAGGCCACACAAUUCCAGACCUCUGAAAACACAGGCAGCUUUAAUUAAUAAAGUCUUGCACUUUUAGCGUAUUUGUACAUAUAAGCUAAAGCCUGAUGGGUACAAUCAGGCUGGUUUGACAAACACGGUGAAAAACUGACUGUAUAUAUUGUAACAUAUUCCAUGUAAAAGAAGAAAAAUCCUAGAAGUGACUAUAAAUCUUGGUUUAUUUUAUAUGAUGUCAAAUAUAGAUACGUUUAUAAAUGUUAUUAUUCUUAAAAGUAUUUUGUAAUGGGAAAAAGGAAGUGUCUUAUGAAGAUGAAGAGUAAAGAUUUUAUUCUUGUCUUGAA